CGUUAAAGGAGGGACGUACGUUCAAAGUCAAUCUGAAUUUGAAGUAGAAUCAUUGUAACCACGGUAACCAUGUCAGGCGGUCUCAAGGAAGACGAAGCAUUGUGGGAUAAGAUUAAAGAUGUUUGUGAGUUUGACCUUUUCGCACUCGAAGAUGCAGGGGACAGUGAUUCAUUAGACAUAGCAUCAGUGAAUGAAUCCUUGGCAGAUAAGUUGCACGUCUUGAAACGCCGAGUAUUCUUCGAGCUUUACACAAGACGUAACCCGCAGGAACAGCAACAGUUGUAUGUUGAUGAUAUCGACGCGCUGAAGAAGAGCAACUUCGAUUUUAGCAAGCCAACCAAAAUUGUAACCCAUGGUUGGAUCAACAGUGCGAAGGAUGAUGCAGUUUCUUUGGUUCGUGAUGCUUACUUGCAGCAUGGUGACUACAACGUCAUUGGAAUCAACUGGGGCAAUAUAGCAUUCAGGCCAUACAGUUGGGCCAGUAGGCGCGUACUGAUAGUGGGCAAAUACUGCGCCUCCUUCAUCGACUUUCUUCAGUCCCAAGGAUUGAAUUUAUCGACGUUAACGGUUGUCGGUCAUUCUCUUGGCGCCCAUGUAGCUGGAUUAUCAGCUCGCUUUGCUCAAGGCCAGGUGGAACAUGUCGUUGCUCUGGACCCAGCUCUCCCCAAUUUCAUACUUGCUGGGCCAGGCGAGCGAGUAGCUCGCGGUGAUGCAAAUUACGUAGAAGUCAUUCAUACUGACGCUGGUUUCUACGGAUACGUAGACCCGAUUGGGGACAUCGAUUUCUAUCCAAAUGGUGGUUCCCAGCAACCUGGUUGUGUUUCCAACAUUUGCUCCCAUACGCGAGCGUACAAGUAUUUCGCAGAAUCCAUCAACAAUCAGGCAGGUUUCGUUGGGUACAAGUGUGAAAGCUACUCGAAGUUCAGAGAUGAUAUUUGCGACUCAAGUCCUAAGGCUUACAUGGGAAGCAUGAAACCGGAUUAUGAGGCCAAGGGCAAAUAUUACUUAAACUCGAACGCAAAAUCCCCAUAUGCUUUGGGUGACGUUGCACUUAAACAAUCAAGCGCUUAAUGAUUGAUGCGCCUUGAAUGCGUACGUUUAAUCACAGUUUUUCAGAAAACAUUGAAAUAUGAAUACUAUUGUUGUGUCAUGUUGCUACGUACAUGCUCUUGCUGAACUGAACCAAUUAUUGUAACACAAUGAAAAUAAAUUAGUCAAUCAUUACAA